AUGUCAGUAAAUCUCGAGUUAGAGGAUUAUAUUCAGCCCUUACGGGUCGGUAUCGAGACCUUGUAUGAUUUGUCAUGUCGGCUCUCGGAUUCAUAUACAAAGCUGGCUGCAGAGUCUCCAGACCAUUUUAUUCCCAUGGCCAUCACUCAGCUUCCAACGGGUCACGAGACGGGGCGCUACCUCGCGGUCUAUGUUGGGCUGUCGUACCUUCGUGUGGCCUUCAUCGAUCUAUUGGGGGAUCGACAGAUUGAGGGACACGCACGUGUACGUCGGACGUUAGAGAAGGCAUGGCCGAUCGAGGAACAUUUACGAAAAGAUCACUCCGCUGACCUCUUCACUUGGAUUGGAGACUGCAUUGCCGAAGUGGUGGCGGACAGACUCGCAAAUCCGAGUGAAGAGCGAAUUGACCAAAUCACCACAGGCAUCUCCUUCUGCCUUCCCAUAAAGCAAGACUCCCUGGAUGAAGCUAUUCUGAUGCCGACAGGAAAAGGGUUCUCUCUAAGUUCAGACCUCAACCUCCGCCAGUCAUUACUGAAUGGGUACGAACGUCACACGUAUUCCUCACAUGGAGACGAGGCAAAUGUACCUGCGAAACGACGGAGACUGUUUUCUCUCCCCAAAUUGAAAGUGGCAGUAAUGAUUAAUGACACAACUGCGACUUUUGCCUCCUUGGCAUACUCGAUCCCUUCCUUGCCGAACACACGUGUCGUCAUGGGGCUGAUCGUGGGCGCGGGCUGCAAUACCACUGUUCCCAUGAAGCUCUCUACUUUACAUGGAUGUAAAGCAAAAAACAUCCUUGAGAAACACCCUGACGCGGAGGAGGCUCUUGUUUCAACGGAAUGGACUCUCUCCACGGCGGCUGCGCCUUUCGAUGAACUUGGCAUUCGAACCAAAUGGGACCAUCAGCUGGAUCGACACUGCAAACAACCGGGAUUCCAGCCCAUGGAGUACAUGAUUGGUGGCUCUUACACCGGUGAGCUUGUCCGUAUUGUCUGUUAUGACUGGUUUCAUAGAGCUCUGGGCAUUCAAAGGUCCUUUUUGCCAGUGAAGUUGGUAGAGGAGUAUUCUCUGUCGACAGAGUUCCUCUCUCUUGUUGUCGCGCCUUCUCAAUCCGAUGAACAACUCUCAACUGAGCUUUCCAAGACCCUUCAACCACCCGAAAAUAGUGAUUGGGCUUGGUCAGCUGCUUAUGCCCGUGCUGUGCGCACGAUCGCUUCAGUUGUGCAAGAUCGGGCUGCGUCGCUUGUCGCGUCCGCGGUGGUCGGUCUUCUCGAUUGUACAAACGAAGUGAAGCUUACCAAGUCAAAUAAAGAGACCCAUGGCCGCAAUGGCAGCGCGGAACCUCAAGGAACUGAAAAUACAGAUUCAGCAUUAGCUUUGGCAUCCACACCGGAUUGGAGUCGUGGCCCCGAAGAACUCGCUGUUGCCUUCUCCGGUGGCGUGAUCCAGCAUUAUCCUCAUUAUAAAGAAGCUGUCCAGAGAUGUGUCGAUCGUCUUUUACUACGCGCUGGUCCGCAAGCAGGCGGAAAGAGUGUAUUCCUAAGGGAGGCCAGUGAUGGUGGUCUCAUUGGGACAGGAGUUCUCGCCGGAACCGCAUCGGGUGAGAUCGGCGAGAUUAAAGUCACCAUAACAUCGCCUUGA